CAAUUUAAUAUAUUACCUCAGUCAACGACUCUUCUUUGCCUGUACUGUCCUCUUUAGCAUUACGUACACCAUUUGCUUCCGCCAUCUUUAUUCCAACUUGUACCUUUCUCUCUCAGCCCUCUGGCGCCCAAAGUUUUUCGAAGCUAUCUAAAGCGGAUUAUGUAUUAAUUAAUGGUAUCGUUAGGCUAUAACUUUAGACCCGUACUCAUAACUAUAGUCUAGGCUUAAGGUUUAAAACUCUUUUAAAAAAUGUUAACACACAGCAAAGUUUUAUUUGUGAAAGCAAACGGAACACCGAUGCAGUUUUAUAUGCGUCCAUCAGCCGAAAAGGAGAAACUGAGACCGUUAAUCGAACAUGGAGGAGGUGUAGUAACAAGUAAGUUGACGUCUGAUGCUUAUAAAUUGGUAGAACCGGGAAGCAGAGUUCUCACAUGUGAUGAAAAUACCGUAAGAUCUAAAUAUAUUGUAGACUGUGUGGAAAGUAAUACGCUUUUUAACAUAGAAGAUUACCUCAUCAAAACGGAAACUGAAGAUGUUAGUGAUAUCAGUGAUACAGAACCAAAUAGCAUGAAGAACAAAAAUGAAUUUAUAUUAAGCACGAAAGCUAAAAACACGCGUGCAAGAAAAGAGUAUUCAGUAGAAGAUCAACAAGCAAUUAUUAAUUUCAUAUGUACAAAAAAUCGGUAUUCAGAAAUUAAGGGUACUCGUUUAUGGAAAGACAUGGAAUCUAAAAAUGUAUUACCAAGUAGAACUUGGCAGUCCAUGAAGGAACAUUUUCUAAAACAAAUAUAUCCAAACUUGAAAGCUUUUAACUUAUCCAAAUUACAGAUACAGAAGUUUAUUCAUUCAAAGAAUGAAAAGGGAUAUCUCAGUCGUGAAAACUUGAAGCUUCAUAAUCUCGGUAAAGGAUAUCCUGAAGCAGACCGUCAGUCUUUAGCUGAGUCUGUUUUCAGUUUGGGUGAUAAAAACUGCUAUACAACUGAAGAAGACCAGAAAAUUAUUGAUUAUAUUUUUGAAGAUGGUAGUCUUGCAUAUAGAAAUGUGAAAGGAACUGUUAUCUGGAAAGAUAUGGAAAGAAUAAGUCUUACAAACCACUCUUGGCAGUCUAUGAAAGAACGCUUUCUCAAGAGAAUAGUUCCAAAUAUCUCUAAAUACAAAAUCUCGCCAACCCAUCUUCGGCGUCUUAGUACAGUUGUUGACAUAAAACAUUUACAAAAACUGAUGACUGAAACAAUAAAGAAGCAGAAAACACAAACUAGUAGUGAUGAAAAAACUAUUAUAUCAGAGUCAGAAGAUAAAACUCAGAACAUAACUGGAACUGUUGACAAAAAACUAGUCCAUGAAAAAGUUUGUGAAAUCACCUCAAAAGAAUGUUCCACUGAAAAUCUGAUGACUGAAACAAUCAAGAAGCAGAAAACACAAACUAGUAGUGGUGAAAAGACUAUUAUAUCAGAGUCAGAAGAUAAAACUCAGAACAUAACUGGAACUGUUGAUAAAAUACUUGAAAAAGUUGGUGAAAUCAAUUCAACAGAAUUUUCUACUGACACUUGCCCUGUGAAUAAUAAAGAAUCUUCUGUAUCUAAAACAGCCCUUGAAGAUACAACUGGUAACAAGAAACACCUAGGGGAAACAUGUGUAAAAAGUCAUUACUUUAUUAAAAAAGGUUUAAAAGAUGUAGAAGAAAACACUGAAAAGCAUGAUAAUCUGCAGAAUGUUAGUUUAGAGUCAACACAUAAAGAUUAUAAAAACAUAACUCAAGGAGAAAACGAACGGGAAAAUACGGACAAGAAGCUGUACAAAAUGUCAUCUGACACAUCAGAAGAUACACUCUUAAGUGACAACAGCCUAACAUUAGACAGUUUUGAUGCCAACCUCUUGGGUGCAGCCCAUCAGUUGAAAACUCUGGAUGAAAAGUUGGAACUUCCAACAGAACCUUCACCAACGAAAUUGUCAGCACUGAAACCUGUAGAUAAUAGAAUAAUGGAUGGGAGAAGAGGAACAGGGAGCAGAAAGGUGUCGGGAGGACAGGAGACAGCAACUGGAAGAGAAGGAGUUUGGGAAAGAUUGAUCACAAUGGCAGUCAAGGAGAAAUGUUGGCAUGCAGCUUCAGACCAUGAUUACAAAGAAUCAGGUACCACACCAAGGGGCCAAGGGAAGGUCCCUAAUAUAAGAGGGAGGUAA